ACAGGCUCAGGUGGUAGUUUCAAGUUUUAGACUAACUUUUUUGUUGUUUUUAUUUUCCAUUUUAUGACAAAAUAUCAGCAUUUAGGCUCCUAGUUUUCAGAAGGAGAGUUAAGGACAUGAUAAGUUAACUUUUUUCAAACGUAAAUUUAGUAGAAAAGUUGUUUUAAUCAGUAAAUUCCUAAGGUAACUUUUAACGUGAUUUUUUUGUUCGCCAUGAAAAACGCUUCGUCUUCUUCAGCCAGUGAGUCAAGAAUGGAAGCAAGAGCAAGGGAUCAUGAGCUCAAGAUUGUGUCUGAUAGAAUAGCAUUAGCAGAAAAACACUUUACAAGUUUAUCCAAAGAUGUUCUUUCUUACAAUGCUUCAUUGGAAGGAGUGAAAGAAAAAGGAAACAAGCUGUCUUCAAGCCUUGACAGCUAUGCUGAUAUGGAGUAUCCAUCAGUUAGGAAUGCUAUGCAAAAUGUAUCUGAAUGUGUUGCCACUAUGCAAGACUAUCUCACUGCUGAGGUCAAUUUUCUGCAUGGAAAGGUAGCUCAACCAUUGUCAUUUUAUGCUACCAACUGUAAAAUUGCCAAGGAUUAUGCUAAAGGAGCAAUAACUGCCAGAGACAAAGAACUAGCAAAACUUAAAUCACUUGACAAGAUGAAAUCCAAAGAUCCUAAUAACAAGUCUAAACUUGCAAAGCUGGAGCAGGAACUCCAAAAGGCAUCUAUCGAUUCAGGCAGGGCACGUCAAACUAUGGUGGAUCAAAUGGUCAUCUUUGAGAAGAAAAAGAUUGAAGACCUUAAGAGCAUUUUUGGUAGCUUCUUCCAUGGUCAAUUGUUGUUCCAUGCCAAGGCUCUAGAAACCUAUACUCAGGCCUACAAGCAUCUCAUGGCUAUAGAUGAACAACUAGACUUAGAGGCUUUUGAGAAUGAUAUUCAUCCAGCAACAAUACCAACAAGACUAGAUUCCAUCAAGAGUGGCUCACAAAGUUCAUUGCAUUACGACUCUCAGGGAUCUCUUCGUGGUUCUCAGCUUUCUCUCAACAGGACAAGUCAGAGUAUGCACAGCCAGGGAUCUAUCGAGUAAUUUUCCUUUCCCAGGCUACAUUGUAUCUCUUUCUCCUUAAGGAGAAAAGUCCAUGGUAACCGGUAGCAACCAAGGAAGCUGGUUACCAUGGAACCAUUACCAUGGCAACACUACUUCUGAUGCUUCUUCAAACGCUUGGAAAAUUCCACUGAUUUAUCAUUUCAAGCCAUUUGUUAAAUUUCCCUUCAGUAUUAUUACUUUCAUUAACGUACCAGUGAUACUUGAGGGUACGUAAAUUUUGGUUUACCUCGAGGGGAAAAACCUUAUUCAUAAGGAAAUGAAAAUUACAGCAAUAUACAAGAUUGUAUAGACCAAAGUCUAUCAAAUUCAAAUUCAAAUUUCAUUAGAAUGACCGGCACUGUUGAAAUAAUAAUGUCUUGUACAGUUCCGUUGCAUAAUAAUUUAUCAUAAAAGAAUGUUUAUAUUUUUGUAAUAAUAAUUUAUAUAUUUUCAGUAGCUUUAUUUAUAUUUGCACUCACUAGUUUGACUUAACAUAAUACACAUUGUCUUAAUAAAUCUAGCAUUAAAAUGCACCACUGCA